AUGGCGGCAGGCAGCCCGAACACCCGGCCCAACAUGCUUUGCGGUUCCAAGAUGGCGCGGUUCCAAGAUGGCGGCGCCCAGCGAGAGCCGGAGUGGCCCGGCCGGGAGCAGCGGAAGCAGGCGGCUGCAGCCCCCGGGGAAGCGAGCGUCGAUGAGGAAAAGGAGCAGCCUCCAAAUUGUCCUUUAGAUAGAGAGGAGCUGGGGAGAAACACGUGGUCUGUCCUUCACACGGUGGCGGCGUACUACCCAGACCACCCCACCAGCGUGCAGCAGCAAGAGAUGACCCAGUUCAUCAACCUGUUUUCUAAGUUUUAUCCAUGUGACGAAUGUGCGGAGGAUCUGAGGGAAAGAUUACGUACAAACCAGCCUGACACCAGCAGCAGAAAUAACUUAUCCCAGUGGUUUUGCUUACUUCAUAAUGACGUGAACAAGAAAUUGGGGAAGUCUGAAUUUGACUGCUCCAAGGUGGAUGAACGCUGGCGAGAUGGCUGGAAAGAUGGUAGCUGUGAUUAAUCUGUAGAGACUGCCCUGGAAAUCGGACAGACCAGUUCUAACAUAAGACUCAUCCCCGGUGGGAAAUCGUCAUGAAGAGAUGCAAGUAAAUAUAUUUGUGUGUAUGUGUGGUUGACAUAGCUUAUGGUAAAAAGGUGGCUGCUACUUUUAUCUCAUCCCAACAGGAUCUUGAUUUAGGAGUGACUAAUUUUACGUCGUCAUGUAUCUUCUGGGACUGGACCUUGUGUUUGUUGUAGUAACUGUCAGAAACUUGGCAAAUUCAAGCAAAGUUGCUGAUGCAACUUGUAGAAAGAAAAAGGUCUUGGCAUUUCCUUAGUUUUGGGGGCACCUUGUGGCCACUGUUGCCUUUUCCAUCCCGUUCAAGCCUCUUUCCUUCGUUUGGCAGUGCCUUUCUCCUUCACUCUGUCAUUUCAGCUGCUGUGCUGGUCCAAUGACGGGCAGUUUGACUGCUGGUUCAUGAGUCUCCUGUGUUUUGGGCCAACCAUGUAGUCCUUCAUCUUCUCUUCAGUAAUUUCCUAUGAGCUGUUGCAUGUUCACGCUGUUUAACUACUAACUCCUCUACCUUUACACUCACUUGCUAAAAGCCUCAAGGCAAGAACAUUUUGUGUAAAUAUUAAAAUAUCAGAACUCAGGAUUUUAUUCCCAGCCAUAACAAAUAUCCUCUUUUUUAUAUUCCUUUGUCUAAACUUGUAGAACCUCACUUCGAAGCAAGAGGGCACUGCAGGAAGAAAAAUAUAUAAACUCUUUGACCAGCUAAAAUGUAAAUGCUUUGUGACUUGUUUGUUCAUUUUUUUUUAACCCAGGUGAGUUCCAUGAGACAAGUCUACUGAACCAGCUCUUUAGAAAUAAGUAUUUAUUUUUUGUCUCUGAACUUUUGUGGUUCACAGACCCCAUUCCUAUGACAUGAGUGGAAGAGACAGAUAGCUGGUUGUAAUGAAGCCUACUCAAGUUUGCUUUAUGUAUAGGAUUCAUUAAAACAGUGUACAUGUUCUGAGAUCCUUUGAGUAAUUGUUGACUGGCCUGGUAUGAUGGUAUUACCCUGAAGGUGAAGUUCCCUCUCUAGACUAGAGGAACUUGCACAGAAGCCUAUGCAGCAUUUGAAUCUUGCUUAAGUCUUACAUUAGAGUCUUAAGUACCAAAUGCAUUGUGAACUCAAAAUGGUGUGUAGGGUAUACUUCACCUUUAGAAACUGGCCAAUUCCAUACUGAAUAUUAUGCCUCUAGGUUGGCUGUACUGCAUCAGUAUGUUCCUGGGGUUUGUGCACUUGAAUUUCAGGUGCAAGUGAAAUAGAAACGUAAAUAAUAUAAGCAACCUGGCUCUUCUUAGACUAUGGCUCUGUAAAAUUAUGUCAGAAUUAUUUAAAGUUAUUGAAAUUAGAGUAUGAUUCUUUCUCCUUUUUUUUAGAUGUAUAAUAAAUAUAAUUGCAUUUCUGGGUUCUAGUUGUUCCAAUGACCUUGUGCAAACUUACAAUAUCAGUAUUUAAUUCUUUUCCUUGUGUAUUUUCUUCUGAUGCUUUUAAUUGUAUUUCCCCUUCUGGGGGUUUGUGAACUUCCUACAUGCAUUUAUUUCAUGGGCUACUUUAUCUGCCCUGUGAGGUAUGAAAGUAGACUGGGAUUUGCACAGAAACUUUAAUGGGGGACAUCACGUCAAAUGAAGGUAUUGGGAUUCUGAUAUUGUCUGUUAGUAAACCUUUGACCCUAAUGUUGUGGUGCUAGGGUCUUGUUGGUGAGUACUUAACCAGUCAAAGCUUUAGGAAGAUAUUCAGCUGAUGUAUGACACCUUUCAUGUCAUUUGAAGCCGAACCUGUUAAAAAAAAAAUAGCAGAAAGAUUUUAUUUUUAGUUAAGUAGCAUCCAGCUAGUGGUAUGUUGUUUUACUCCUCAGUAUUUUUCUCUAAUCAAACUGAAACUUGAUUUCAUACCAUCUUUAUGAUUUAACUGAAUUAAGGCUUUGGGAUUUUUGUCCAGCCAAUUAAAUGCUACUGAGAUCUCUCUUGGUGCAUGUUCCGUUAUGUGAAAUAAAUAAUUCCAACCCAUUUUGAUCAACAAAUUGUACAACAGAAUGUAAUACUUAGGUUAGUGUGAAAUUCAUCCCUUUGCAGGGAUGGUCUAGGCACCACUUACAUCCCACCUGGGCUUGAUCUAAACUACAAAGUUCUGCUGACAGAGCUGUGUCAUCCAAGAGCACCAAAUUGUGCUGGAGAAGAUCACAUCCCUAGUUGACAUGGGUAUGCCAGCAAGACCCUGGUGGAGACACAGCUAUGCCAGUAGGAGAGUGCUUACGUCAUGCGGGAAGAAUGUGUAACUAUGCAGACAGAAAUAGCCUUCUGCCUCAUGUGCUGGCUAUCCCGUAGCUAUGCCAGCAUACCUAUGCUGGUGGAAGCCUUGGGAGGUUGACAAUUCCUGAAGUCCUUAAAAUAGCAUUUCAAGACUGCCUCUACUGAUAACUAAUCAACAAACUCUGGCUACGAGUAUAUUAAUAGGACAGAUAGUAACUGCACCAUGUGGCUACCAGCUAACCAUUGCAGAUGUUUGUAUUCUCUGCUUUUCUCUUAUGUUUACACCUUACAGCUUUGAUCUGUCUUGUUUUCUCAGGUGUGAUCUUAGACCUGGGGGCUGGAGGGCAGUGCUGCUCUGGUUGGAGCAAAUCAGAAGCGUUGACCUUAUUUAUGUAAUUUCUUUAAGAUGUUUCUAGCUGUAUAUUAAGGAAAAACGCAUGCAUUCCCUUAUCUUCUGUGCCCACAGUGCUUUAAUUCUGAGACUAUCUGUAUGCAAAUAUUUUUCCUAUUAAUAUCAAACUAAUAAAGCCAACGAGUUCCU